AUGGGAUUUCAGACCAACGAUAGCAGCAUUGUAUCCAAGAGAAGUGUGUCAAAGUUGUAUUUGAGCAACGAGCCCGACUUUUAUGAGCCAUUUGUGCCAAACUUUGUACGACGCAAUCCACUCAUCAACCGUGGCUACUGGCUACGAAUGCACGCAAUCGAGCAAGUAGUCCGUCGCUUUCUGCAGGAAGAGAAUGGCAGAUCGAAAGUGGUUGUCAAUCUGGGAUGUGGAUAUGAUCCUUUGCCUUUUCAAUUCUGGAACAGAUAUGGUCUUUUGAGCCAAAAGGCCACUUUCGUUGACGUGGACUAUCCACAGCUCAUCGAGAAAAAGAGGGACCGUAUGCUCACCAGCAAGCUGCUUCGAGAAGCAUUGUUGAAGACCAGAUUGCGCUCAUCUGAGCAGCCCGUGUACUUGAGCAGUGAUCAGUACCUAGCUGUCGGCUGCGAUCUCAAGGACCUCGACACUCUUGAACGGGUAUUGAAGGCCGAGUUCGAUGCGUCCAAAACUUCUUACCUCUUCGUAGCCGAAGUCUCUGUGACAUACAUGCCGGUCAAGGACGCUGACGCCCUGAUACAAUGGGCAAGCACACUCGAUGAUGGCAGGUCCAUUCUCACCACACACUAA